AUGCAGCAUGAUACCGCAUUAAUAAUCGUCCAAGGAAUACUUGUCAUCCUCGCUCUAUGCGUUGUUAUCCUUCGAUACUGGACGCGCAUUUGCCUUGAAAGAAGAACGCUUACUGUGUCUGAUCAUUUUGCCUGGAUAGGAUGGUUAUUUGCUGUGGGAUGGUUUGUGUCGUCGGCAAUUGCUACCGAUAUAGUAGACAACAAUCCAGUCACAGACGAUGAAGGCUUGGUGCACGAUGUCAGAUAUCUCAAGACCGUCUUCAUUGCCGGGUAUUGCUUUGAUGUUGGAAUAUACUGGCCCAAACUCUCGAUUACUGCAUUUUACUGGCGCCUCAUACCUGAUAUCUUCCGAUCUCUAAGGAUAGCAUUGUACGCAAUCACAACAUACUUGGUCUGUUGUAUGAUAGUUGCGUUCCUUCUAAACACACUAAUUGCAGGAAACAUAUCAAACAAUUGGUCAAUUGAGAAUCAGUUACUUUCAGCAUGGAACGCCUUUCCAAAUUUCAUUACACAGUGGUGUAUGAACUUCUCCACAGAUCUACUACUCUUUUGUUUCCCAUUCUUCAUUCUUCCUCAAUUAAUGCUUCGUAAAGAACAGAAGCUCAGCCUGAUUGGAGUCUUUUCUCUGGGUGCAAUUACGAUAACUGUCAACCUCACGCGUUUCAUCAUCAACAACGUAGCCAGCUUUCAACUUGACGACGCUUCUGGCAAUACGCUAUGUACAGCUGAGAUGACAACAGCGGUGAUUGUUGUUUGCCUUCCAGGCCUGAAGAAAUUUGUCAAGCGCCCAAAAUUACCUACAACAACGGAUCGAUCAUACCAAUCUGGUACGGGGCUUUCAACUGGGAGUCAUGCGCCACUCAAGUCACAGCAAAUCACGCAGAGCUAUGCAGAGUGGGGUGUGAAGGACAGUGAGAUUGAGUUAGUUCCCGAAGGCGAGGAAUAUCUGCGUAUGCCUGAUCUGGUCUUCUUGAAGGGCCAAGACCCAUAG